CCAUUUUUGAAUUUUUUUUGUAGAUCUGUCUGAAUAAUUACAACUACGGUUAAGGUUACACAGAACACAACAAUGGGAACACGAAAGAGACUCAUCUCUCCAACAACACAACCUUCUUCUCCAGAUCAAAAACCUCAACAACAAAUCACUGACCCACCAAUUGCGCCUCCAAAAUGGGGUUUUCUUUUCAAGCUAUCUCUCUUUUCCAUCCCUUAUUUCUACCUCAUCUUCUUCCAUUUCACCAUUGAUUCUCAUCUUCGAAGAUCCAUUAUCAUCAAUGCUGGAUUGAGUCUUGUUGGAUUCUUUGUUACUGUUAGAAUGAUCCCUGUUGCUUCUAGAUAUGUUCUUAAACGGAGUCUUUUUGGUUUUGAUAUUAAUAAGAAGGGUACUCCUCAAGGGAAUGUUAAAGUGCCUGAGUCAUUGGGUAUAGUUGUUGGUAUUGUCUUUUUGGUUGUUGCAAUAGUAUUUCAGUAUUUCAACUUCACAGCAGAUUCCAAUUGGCUUGUGGAGUACAAUGCUGCUUUAGCAUGCAUCUGUUUCAUGACAUUGCUUGGAUUUGUCGAUGAUGUCCUUGAUGUCCCUUGGAGAGUAAAAUUACUGCUACCAUCAAUUGCUGCACUCCCUUUGUUAAUGGCAUAUGCUGGACACACAACCAUAGUUAUACCAAAACCACUUGUACCACACAUUGGCAUAGAGAUUUUGGAUCUUGGAUGGAUAUAUAAACUAUAUAUGGGACUAUUGGCUGUUUUCUGCACAAAUUCCAUCAAUAUACAUGCUGGACUAAACGGACUUGAAGUCGGACAGACAGUGGUUAUUACAUAUGCGAUUCUGAUACACAAUAUUAUGCAAAUUGGAGCAUCAACAGAUCCGGAAUAUAAGCUAGCACAUGCAUUCUCCAUAUACUUGGUGCAGCCAUUGCUAGCUACCUCUUUGGCUUUACUUUCUUACAAUUGGUAUCCUUCUUCAGUUUUUGUUGGUGAUACGUAUACAUACUUUGCAGGGAUGACAAUGGCUGUGGUUGGUAUUUUAGGCCACUUUAGUGAAACUCUCUUGAUUUUCUUCCUACCUCAAGUUUUGAACUUUCUCUUGUCACUCCCUCAGCUUUCUGGCUACAUUCCAUGUCCACGUCAUCGUCUGCCGAGGUUUGACCCUCAAACUGGACUACUGACCGGAACAAAUGAUGGAACCCUCGUCAACUUCUUUCUAAGGAAAUUAGGCCCGAAAUCCGAGAAAUCACUUUGUAUAUAUCUUCUUAUUUUCCAGGGUAUUGCAUGCUGUUUCUGUUUCAUGCUGAGGUAUUUCCUUGCUGGUUGGUACAAAUGAAAAACUAAGCUGAUAAAGUAAGACAUGGAAAAUGAGAACCACCUGAGAGACUGCAUUGUUGUAUAAUCAUUUUUGUAGAAAAUCUUAUUUAGUGUAAUUGGAUAUAGGAAUUUCUUUUGUUACUUGAAUGCUGCAUACAUCACAACUUCAAAAAAUACACACGUUUGGAAAUGUCAUAAACCUAGCAACAUUUUAUAUGUCAUACCUUCACAACUAGUUAACUUCUAUUUUAUAUGAUCAUCAGUCUUGUAACACCUUAGUAUUAUCUACUUUAUUGUACU